AGUAAAAACCGUGUGAUUUAGGACAACGCAGGCAGUGUUUUACGCGCGCGUGUUAAAUUGUUUGUACUAGAGUUGGAUUGUAGUUUAGUUGCUGGAUUGUAGUUUAAUUGUUGUACUUUGGUAAAGUGUUGCAGCUCUCUGAAGAAACUGAAUUAUUGUUUUUCUCCGCUUAAUUAAGGAAAUAAGACUUUUUUCAUCGUAAUGUCAGGUGGACGAGGUCAAUUUCUACUGAGUCUGAAGGAGGGGUUGGAAAGGGCUCAGCCUGGUAGACAUGGAAGGACCAAAAAGAGAAGAUUACCCCCUGAGAUCAUCCUGAAGAUCUUCUCCUAUUUGGAUGUGGAGUCUCUCUUCUGUGUUGGCUUUGUGAAUCGGCAGUUUAAUGAGUUGGCCAACGAUAAUGCAACUUGGUAUGACUUGUUCGUUUAUGAAGCUGCAAAAAAGAAAUGGAGACUAAAGCUUGGUGUGAUGGAGAAAACUGUGAGUACACAGGAGCAGGACAUGCCAGCAGUGUACUGGAAGAAGCUACUGUUCAGCAACAUGGGCUUCCAUAAGGACAUGGACUGGAAGAAAGAGUUGACGCACAUCAACCCAUACACAGGCAUGCCUCAACAAACCGAGCAGGUCCUCAGAAAUCUUCGUGUUGGUUGGGAAAUCACACUGACCCAUAAGGAUGGACAGCAGAGAGUGUGUCAGCAAAAUUGGGCUUUUUUCUCGGACUCCUCCGUCACUGUGUGCUGGAACACUGGCGUGUGGCCCUACAUCCGCCAGGUUUUAACCUUACAGAUCCAUGGAGUUGUCUGUCCAUCUGCAUCUACUUCAUCCUACAAGCCGCGUUGGCGCUCUCUGAUUAGUAAAAUAAAGGUGUGCAGUGAUAAAAGGUGGAAGUUUUUUGGGGCAGACUGUUUGGUGAAUCUGUUGCAGUUUGAUGACGGGAUCACUGUGGGACUGUGGAGGGGUACUUGGAAGAUUGCUUUUGUAAUGGCAACCUUGCACUUUCACCAACUAGUGGAAAGAAGUCUGCUCGGAACAGUUUUCUGCCCGUACAGAACAGCAGAGAUCAUCCCAAUGUACAAUGAAUUUAUCCCAGAAGACAGUUUUCAUGGCUAUUCUGUUCUAAUACUGCUGGAUAAUUCAGUUAGACGGAUCAUGCACUGCCGUUACUCACCGGUGCUUUGUACCAUAGUGGAGGACCAUCGUGAAUAUGUACAUUUCAGACCUUCAAACGUUUACAACAUGUCUCCAUGGCCAAACCACACUCCCGUCUCAGGCGAGAUCAGUUUGCCCUGGAAGGCCGAGGGUCUAGAGGGAGACAUCAAGAACUGCUGCAUGAUGACUGUGUCUGUGCUGGAUGAGGCUCAGAGGCCUGUGUGGUGCAUCAGCUCGCCUGCUGGCCUGGUUCUGCCGUUUUCUCAUGUGACAUCUGAAAGCCACGAUGAGGAGCAAUUUGUGCUGAGAUACGAUGAUGAUGAUGGAAAGGUUCGGGUGAAACUGAUGUGGAUGCAGGACUUGCAGCUGUAUUUCCUGGACGGCCUGCACAUCUGGAUCCGGCUGACCAGAGUAAACGCUCAUUACAGGAGAAUUCGCACCGAUGUUACAUAGUUCAAAUAAUUAUACAUUUCAACACUGCAAGUUCGAGAUUCAGACUUUCCUAAUUUGUUAGCACAGUUUUUUUCUCUUUUUAAGGCUUCUAACAAUGAUUUGGUUUUAUAUGAUUUGCAUAAACAUAUUAUUUAUGGGAGGAAUGGGGUGUAAGUCAGUGUUUUCUGUGUUGUUAUAAGGGAUGCUUUAGGUUUUAGAUCUCGAGUUUUGAGAUUGAAAAAUCCUACUUGUUUACUUUGUCACAUUUUAAUGUUAGAAUGAUAAAGAGUCAUUUAUGUCUAAUGUUUAUUUAUGUUUUUAGCCUUUUUUCAAUCUCACAAAAGUGAGACAGUAAUUAUCACAACUUAUUUAAUACACUGCAGAAUGUGGUAUGUAUGGAAGGCACAGCAGUAAAACAUGCUAGCUCACGAAA